AUGCUAACCUCAAAGCCGCCGUAUGCGAACGCGUUGGGGUUGUCUGCAUCGCAAACCCCAACAGCGUCGUAUCAUACCGGAUCGCUCAGGACCUCAACAUUCUCGGAAACACAACCAGGAACACUCUAUACAAGUCCGACAAAAUCGGAGUUCUCUGAGGUUGAUGACGGACUUGAUGCUAAACAGGUCAUCGCAUGGCUCCAUACCAUCAACUGCCAGCAGUAUGAGUCUUUAUUCAGAGCAAACAACUUCAACGGCAACAACCUUAUCGAAUGCGACCAAAAGAUUCUCCAAGAGAUGGGCAUUAAGAAAAUCGGCGACAGAGUACGGAUUUUUGUGGCUAUAAAGCAGCUCAGAAAUAAGUCAGUGGCCAACCGUAAACAGAAGAAUCUGCGUCAGCUGGCGGCUUUAGAAGCGGCAAGCCAGACAGCCUCCGACCCCUCCCGGUCAUACACAGCUCGCCAGCAAACCUCAGCUCGCCGAUCAUCUAGGGCUGGCGAAUAUGGCAGGCCAAGUUCGCGACCGGGAUCGCCUCUCCGACCACAUCGCUAUGUUGCGAGCCCUAUGGAAACUGGACGGAAAGACCAAUCACAAGGGUACUUCGCCAUGGGCUCUGGCUCUGGCCGCAACCCUGCAACCCCGUCCGAGGCAGGUUAUGGCCAGCGGACCGCUUCGCAUUUGAGACAGACUCCUAGUCUUGAUGGUGUGAUCACAGCGUUGCCGGGCAACUCUCCUGUGAUUAGAGUCAUCUAUACUGGCGGCCAAACGAAAGUCUUGGACAUCAAGCAUUGCAAGACGCCUGAUGAAAUCAUCCUCUGCGUCUUAAAGAAGCUUCAACUCCCUGAACAUCAAUAUCGGAACUACUGUUUCUACGUACUUGACGGCCUGGAGCCUGAUCCGUCGAACUGUAGGAGACUUGCUGACCAUGAGCUAAUGGAUAUUUGCGAGGGAGUCAACAGAUCCGAACGGGGCAGGCUUAUACUUCGGAAGAUACACGCUGGUGAGCCAGACAUUGAUGAGCUUCGUCGCGCAUCCCAACUCGCCAUGGAUGAGAGCCAGGUAGCGCAUAUGAAUGCGCUUAGCAGCUCAAAUAUGCGAAACCAGAUCAAGAUACAGCAACUCACUGGUGAAUCAUGGGACAACAUCAGACAACCCAUGUCACCUGUACAAUCGCGUCAUAACAUCAACUCCAGUAGUGUUGAUCUUCCCCAGGUGACUGAACGACAUCCCGUGUCCAAGCUGCGGUCAUUUUUCGGUGCCCGACCCCCAAGCGAGAUGAUUAUCCACGAGAUUUCGUCAUACUUUCCGGGUCAUCAAAGAGAGGAUAUCGAGAAGACUAUGCGCAUGUCUGUUCGCAGGUCACAACGCUUGAGCAGAGCAGCUAGUCGGUUGAGCGUCGUCAGUAAUACGAGUUAUGCGUCUAGUCUGAGGGACGCACCUCCUAUCCCAAGUAUUGCUGAUACUUGGCUAAACAAUGGUGCGCCUCCCACACGGGCUGCGCGACCUUUAUCUGUUGUUUCGACAAGACCCGGUCUCCCUUCAACCUCUUACAGAGAUUCAAUUGCCUCUAGUUCUCUUCAUCCACUUCAAGAAGAGUCGCCCAUUGAACCGAAUCGCAAGUCGUAUGUAUCUUUUGAUAGCGGCUCGGAUGAUCCAACCAACUCGCGCCACAGUCUACUUGACGAGAAUGCCAGUGUUGCUGCCACCGACGGAGGUUCAUUCAAUGAACGUCUCAGCAUACUGGUGGCUGAUGAUGGAGAAGAUGAAGACGACGGGCUUAAUGAGUUCUUGGCCGGGAACAAUUUCGUAAACUGGAUGAAGGGCUCACUGAUUGGUGAAGGUUCCUUUGGGAGUGUGUUUCUUGCACUUCAUUCAAUCACCGGUGAGCUCAUGGCCGUCAAACAAGUCGAAAUCCCCUCGGCGACCAAGGGCACAGAGUUCGACAAGCGCAAGAACAGCAUGGUCACCGCGCUCAAGCAUGAGAUCGACCUCUUACAGGGCCUGCACCAUCCAAACAUUGUCCAGUAUCUAGGAACAACGGCUGACGACCAGUAUCUGAACAUUUUCUUGGAAUAUGUACCGGGAGGCUCCAUUGCCACCAUGCUCAAGCAGUACAACACUUUCCAAGAGCCUUUGAUCAAGAACUUCGUGCGUCAAAUCCUUGCUGGCCUAUCCUACCUUCACAGCAAGGAUAUCAUCCAUCGCGACAUCAAGGGAGCAAACAUCCUCGUUGACAACAAGGGCGGUAUCAAGAUAUCCGAUUUCGGUAUCUCCAAGCGUGUCGAGGCUUCCACGGUCCUUGGAUCUCGUGCAAGUAGUGGUGGAGGCCAUAUCCAUCGACCGUCUCUCCAGGGUAGCGUUUAUUGGAUGGCUCCCGAAGUUGUGCGACAGACAGCUCAUACGAAAAAGGCCGACAUUUGGAGUUUAGGCUGUCUGGUCGUCGAGAUGUUUAUCGGAUCUCACCCAUUUCCAGACUGCAGUCAGCUCCAAGCUAUCUUUGCAAUUGGAAGCAACCAGGCCAGGCCGCCAGCUCCAGAACAUGCCAGCAAAGAUGCCCAUGCUUUCCUGGAUAUGACUUUCCAAAUUGACUUUGAAAAUAGACCCGACGCAGAUGAGCUCCUCAAGUCUUCCUUCCUCGCAACCUCCCUCAAUUGA